GGGCUUUUGGCUGUGUUCUGUGCCCCAUCUCUGUAGCGUUUUGAUGUCGAGAAAGCCACGAGCCGCUAGGUAUCGUUACCUUGGUCCCUUCAACUUACGCCUAAAUCAUGGAUCGCAUGCUUGGGUUAGCAGUCCAUCCGGAUGACCCGCGGCGGUCAUCCGUGACAUGCAAGAUCUACCAUACUUGGAUCCCCUGCAUUGUCGGUUUCUUCGUCUGCUUCGCUUCAACCUCCACCGUCCCCGCCGGGCUGCAGCUGCAGCAAGCCUUUGGUAUAGGCGAAAAAGCCGCUCUCCUGCCAUUCGCUCUCUUCAUCCUCGGGCUUGGCUUGGGCCCCAUCAUUGGGGCGCCUAUCAGCGAGAACUUUGGUCGGCGUCCGGUGUACUGGCUUAGCGUCCCCGUCUUCUGUCUCUUCACCGUGGGUGCAGCCCUUUCGCCUUCGUUUGCUUCGAUGCUGGUCUGCCGCUUCUUCGCCGGCGCCUUCGGGGGCUCCGCCCUCGUCGUGGGCUUCGGCUUGCUCACCGACGUAUGGGGGUCGCAUCGGCUGCCCAUCGCCCUCUCCAUCUUUAACACGGUUCCUUUCAUGGGCCCGAGUGUUGGUCAACUGGUCAACGCAUUUGUAGUUGAGACGCUGGACUGGCGCUGGACGCAAUGGGUGACGUUGCUCCUCGGCGCUCUCACUUGGCUGACCGUCCUGCCAAUGAGCGAGACCUACCUGCCCGUCAUCACAAAGCGGGCGACGGACCGCCUGCAGGAUCGCCAAAGCAAGGUAUCCGCUCGUGAAGUGACCAUGCGAGUCUUGUCAUCCAUCCCGUUUCUGCGGCCCUUGCAGAUGUUGGUUACAGAGCCUGUUGUCGGGCUCUUUGCCGUCUACGUCUCCUUCAACUUUGCAAUAGUGUACUGCUUCUCGUCAAGCGUCCCUUUUGCCUUCCAGACCGUGUACGACUUCAGCCCCACUGCUCAAGGGCUCGUCUUUCUCGGCCUGACGGUCGGCUACAUUCUGGCGGCACCCACCAUGGUGGUACCCUUCUACUUCCAGAUGCGGAAACACACGCCGCGCGCCAAGUCGCCAACGAGCGAAGACGAUGCCAGUGUCACCGAGUCUCCAGAACCCGAAGCUCUCCUGUGGCCUGCCCUGCUAGGGAGUGUUGCUAUGCCCAUCAGCUUUUUCUGGUUCGCAUGGAGCGCCAACGCCGACACCCACUGGAUGUGCCCUAUUGUGGGGCUAGGGCUUUUCGCCUGGGGAAACGAUCUUCUUUAUAAUGCCGCCCAGUUGUAUCUUCUCGAGACCUAUGGAUCCAAGUAUGGUGCCAGCGCCACGGCGGCCAAUAACCUGCUCAGGUACUGCCUGGCUGCCAUUCUCCCGCUGUUCAUGACCGAGAUGUAUGGAAACCUCGGCGUAAAAUGGGCCGCGACAUUGCUUGGUUUCAUUCUCCUGCUCUUCCUUCCCAUUCCUUGGGCUUUCCGCCGGUACGGUCCGUGGUUACGGUCUCACAGUCGUUAUGUGGUGCACAAGGAGGGUGGUGGGUUUCAGUCAGACAGUAAUUGAAGGAGCCGCGCUCGCCGCGCUCACCGCGCUCGCCGCGGUUAUUUCAUAUAUAGACGCCCGGAUCUCAUUGGCGCAGAGAGUGUCGAAUAAGAAAUAUUAUGUGGUCCCCGGGGGUUGUAUUGUCACCCGUCCAUGUGCAACCUUUCUUUUGUUCCCUCGAGACAAGGGGCCUUACUUGGCGAGUGUCACCGCUUCGUUCAUCCUCUUGUACUACACGUGUACGUCG